AUGAGUAGUUUUAUAUUUAGUGAAGAGUUGUUCUCAUAGAAAUGAUUGUGAAGAUCAUCCAAACACUUUGGUAUUUCCAUCGGUUUUAGAUGUUUAGUCAAAGUACAAAGAACAAUUGCCGGGCAAGUAUUCCGGCUGAAUAAUCCCCUUGCAAAAGUUCAAGACGUUCUUCACGAUUGCAACACGGAUAAAAUCUUCGGAGGGCUUGGUGUUGUAACUGGAAAAUGUUACAAAAUGCAUCAGGAUUGGUCAAAGGCCCCAGAAUGGGUGAAGGAACAUUACAAGAUUGAGGAGCAACAACAUUGUGGUGAUAUUACCACUCUUCCACAAGGCGCUGUGAAGGGAGUGGUUGAGGCGGUCGGUGUAUUUGCCAAGGAAAAUCCACACGACGUAGCUCUGAUGGGUAAGAAGAUCGCUAAGACUGUAGGAAUUACAGAGCAACAAGGGUUGGCGUUUUCUUCUGGAUUCCUUCAAACUGCAAACUUGAAUGAGUAAAGGGUCAUACGAUUUCAGCGGUUACAUCUCGAGCUCACUACCUGAUAUAACAACUAUUUGUUUACUAUAGUCACAGUGCUAAACUAUUGCAAGUAAAAGUAAAUGGAGUGAAGUGUACUAGCCAUAAGGAGCCAAAUUUUAAUUUUUGAAACAAGAAUCUCGGCACCAAU